CGGCUGCUAGGGACCCCAACAGGCCACGCUGGUGCGAGGCGUACCAGCACGGGAACUGUCAGCAGGGGCCGGAACACUGGGACCCGCGCUGGGGACAGGUUAAGCAUAUCUGUUGCAUGUGUCUUUUAGUCCGACGCGUGGAAGAGGAACAUCCCAAGACUGAGUGCCGACAUGGCCCGAGAUCCUUUCGUCAGCCCCCUGGUGACAACACAAGGCGAGCCGCCGGUUUCUCUUCACAGCCGGGUGCCACUGGCACCGGGGGAGGACAUUAUUGAACUCUAUACCGCUGUGGCCCAGACCGGUGUUCCUAAUUAUAUCGGCGCGCGAAUUCCGGUCAAGACGUCACUCAAUAUCCCGGUCUGGCGGGCUUUGUUAGCUAAUUACUCCAACACUUCACUACCCGACUUUCUCGAAUUCGGCUGGCCGAUCAACAUUCAUCCUGAAAAUUACAAUUUCCCACAAAAUGUGCAUCAUUCUAAUCACCGAUCGGCUUUGGAUUACCAAGCAGACGUGGACUUGUUUAUCGACAAAGAACUCCGCUACGGCGCCAUGUGUGGCCCAUUUCGUGCGAACCCAUUCCCGUUUCCAGUCUUCCCGGCACCCCUGCAGACGGUAGCAAAACGUGACAGUGACACGCGUCGCGUCGUUGUGGAUUUGAGUUACCCGUCUGGGCAGUCUGUGAAUGACGCCAUUCCCAAGAACACUUUUUUGGGCGAACCAAUUAGUUUAGUGUAUCCAUCCGUAGAUACAAUGACUGAGAUGAUCUUAGACAAGGGCCGAGGCUGUUUGUUGUUUAAGACUGACCUGCGCAGGGCAUAUAGACAACUCCCUGUGGAUCCCGCGGAUUAUCGGUAUUUAUGUUAUCGUUGGCGAGACAAUUGGUAUAUUGACACCCGUGUUUGUUUUGGUCUGCGGUCUGCGUCAGUAAUGUGCCAGUCAACCACGUCCGCGAUCACUUUUAUUGAGCGUGAAAAAGGUUAUUCGGUGACAAAUUAUAUCGACGACUUUGGUGGCGCCGAGAUCGCACCUCUGGCUCCCGCGGCGUUUGCCAGCUUACAAAGAACAAUAAACGUAUUAGGACUCGAGGAGGCGCCUGAGAAGGCUAUCCCACCCUCAACUUGCAUGACAUGGCUCGGGAUAGAAUUUGACACCGUUGAGAUGGUCCGCCGGGUUCCGUCUUUUCGUCUUGAAGAAAUCUCUAACUUGGUAGCGCAGUGGCUAAUGAAGAGGAAGGCAACCAAACGUGAAUUACAGUCCCUCGUCGGCAAGCUUGUCUUCGUUUCUGCGUGUGUCCCCCCCGGCCGGCUGUUUGUCUCACGUCUGUUAGAGUCCUUACGUAAACUCCGUUGUAAUCACCACCGAUGUCGAUUAUCUCGCGAUUUUCGGCGGGACUUGGAGUGGUGGCGCCGCUUCCUCCACGAGUUCAACGGGGUCUCGCUGAUCGCGUCUACCGUCUACACCGCACCGGACGACAUCGUCGCAACAGACGCGUGCUCCUCGGGUUGUGGCGCUAUUCCAAUGGUCAGUUCUUCCAUGCCAUGUUCCCUGACUUCGUGCUUCGGCGAUAUUCGCGACGUCUUCCGGUACACGUAUAUCGACACCGUCGAGACCUGCGUCGUCUCCGCGGACAGAACACGAAGCUGCCAAAGGCCCCGCGACGGCCUCGCGACCACGGAUUACGAGGUGACGCGCAUCGUACCCGAGACAUUGAUCAUCGCCGAGAUCUCCGACGCCUUCGCGGUCAAGCCAGUCGGACUAAAUGGGCAGCGUUUGCCGAAGGAACGUGGUCUAAUCUGCGGACAAUUCUCCGGACGUACCUUCUCUUCUGUUUCUUCUAUUGGAUUUCUCCGUUCCCAGCCACGGUGGAUACGCUAGAAACGUUCGCGGAGUUUCUUGCCCGCUCCUUCAAGGCCCCCGCGUCGAUCGCGAACUAUCUGGGUGGACUUAAAACGCUGCAUGUACUCUUCGGCUACACCGUGGACGCUUUCCUGUCUACAGACAUUGCGCUGUUAAAAAGAGGACUCCAGAGGCGUCUGUGCCACACACCGAGACAGGUCGCGCCAUUCACGCCGGACAUACUGCUUCGUAUAUAUGAACAUUUAGAUCUUAUGGACCCGUUUCACGCCACGAUGUGGACCCUGAUUCUUCUCAGUUUUUUCACGUUUCAAAGGAAAUCCAAUUUCCUACCGAAAGGCAAGUUCGAUCCUUCCAAACAAUGUACGAUUCACGACUUCACACUUUAUAGGGAUUCUCUGUUAGUGCGUAUUCGCUGGUCCAAAACCUUACAGUGCGCCGAACGUGUGUUGUCAAUUCCAGUCUUAGCUAUUCCCAAUUCCCCGCUAUGUCCGGUAGCGGCAUUUCGAAACAUACUACGGUUAAAUGCUAAUUACAGUGGUCUCGCUGUGUUUACAGUUCGCUAUUCUUCUCGUGUAGUGCCAUUGUCGCAAUCAGUAUUUGAUAACGCAUUCAAACGUGUGUUAGUUCAGGCGGGUCUGAACCCACAGUUGUAUUCUUUACAUAGCGGUCGCCGGGGCGGGGCCACGUUCGCCUUUCGCUCCGGGGUCCCGGUAGAAUUGAUUAAGAUUCAGGGCGAUUGGCGCUCACAAGCCUACCUACUGUAUCUAAAAGUACCACUACGGAAACGUUUGGAGCUAUGUACUAAGAUGAUUAGACGUAUCCGAUCUACACGCUAUC